CAGUCUUACAAUGUUCUACAGAUGUAUCCCUCGUGGCCAGCUCAUUUCUGGUGGCGGGCGGCGCCCAGCCAUACGACAUGGAAUAGAAGCCCUAGCAAAGUCAGCGUCAAACCACGUGCCAUAUGCGGAUACUUCCAACAGUGAUCUCACAACACCAGAAGUAUCUCCCCAGUACCAAAAUCCUUGGAAUGAAAGAAGGGAGAUGCCUUUUUUCAACCGUAAGCUCAUGAGGCUGAGAUAUAAGUUUUCUGGACAAGCACGACUGGGUUUCACCUGGAUUGCUAACGGCAAGAACAGAGUGAGUAAACAGACUAUUCUGGAAAAUCUCCCUCCGAGUCAGCGUUUCGUUAUCCGGAGCCUUGUCUUUCUUGCGACCCCAUCUCAAGUACAUCUCCUCGAUCAACGUCGAUUCCUAAAGGAUGUGUUGAAACGGGUUUUUAGUUCCAACCAACACACAGAUCGAGGGCCCAAUGAAAUCAAGACAAUCGCAGCUGUUGUUGAUGCCUUGCCUGAUUUUUCUCUCUACCCGCAGUCUCUUUCUCCCGCAGAGGGCAUUUCUAUCCUAAUUAGCGGUGAAAGCAUAGAAGACAUGUCGACGCCUUCAAAGGAGCACGACGACAACGAAGAUCAUUAUACUCUCCAAUUCAUCACCCGAGUCUUUCGUGACCCUAUUCGUGAAAGUCAUAUGUUGGCUUCUCAUGUUCAACUUCCAGUGGCGAAUACCGUCUUUGUCAAUGGUACCCGAGCAACACUUUUUGAAGACACCUGGGAUGUAAAGUUGAAGGAAAGUCCACAAAAAGCCACUCGCGUCUUCGACCCUAAGCCCGUUGUCGUCGUCCAUCAGAAGCGAAUCCCUCUACAAUCCUCCGUCAUCCCCCUCACCCACCCGCGAUCUCCAAGAACCUUUAUAUCAGUCCCAUGCGAAGCCUUGACACCGCCACGCAAAAUCCUGAAUGUCAUGGGCAAUGUUGUCGCCGCAAUCGAAGUUGACGGUGUUGCAGUUCCUGCUUCGACCGAGCUCGAAAAGGCAGUUUCGAAGUAUUUGACCGAUCACCCGAAAGCUGCGGACAAUAGUCCGUUGGGAAUCUACGCCUACGUUUGGCCAGAGAGUGCAGCAAGCUACGAAGACAGUCCGUAUGACUUGCAUGGUGGCCUCAGGAGUUUUCCGGGCAAAGCAAGACUAUUCAAAGUUACAGGUGGUGGCGGUGGGUGGGGAAAAAAGAAAGGGCUUCUCUCGCUAGAUCCGGCGAUCGACUAUGGGAAGACGCCCGAGGUUUCGAGUUUCCCCGAUAUGGACAUGCUGGACAACGAGGAGAUGGAGGGCGAAGUCAAACUCAAAGGCAUGUUGCCAGCGGAAAGUACGAUCCAAUUUCUCGUCUCGAACCCGAAACUCUCGCCAUUCAGCCCAUAUCACCGCUCUGCUAUAGUGUCAAAGAACCAUCACCCGGAUAGGUCAGUUUGUAUUUUUGGGACCUGUCUCAACCCCGAAGGCGGGGACAAAGUCGAAGUCGAGGUGAAGAAGAAAAAGGCAUCGCCUAAGAUGGCGCCAACUUGCUUUAACGCGACGUUUGGAAUGCUCAGCUUUGAGGGUUCGGCCGUGGGACUAGAGCGCAGCAUCGAUGGAAAGCCAUUCAACACUGACGCCCGAAGUCGUUUAGACGUUCCGGGUGCAUUCACAGAAUUUGAAUUACCCGUUGUUACACCCUUCAACUCCCAGGUCAAGGAUGUGUGGUUCAGGCAUAUCAAUCUACGCGAGAUUGAUGGAUCAGCUGACAAAAUGCGGAUCAAGAGUCGAUCCGUUAGGAAAGUACAGAUCAAGAGUGAAUCCGUUAAGAUUGCACUGGUCAAGAGUCGAUCCGCCAGGAAAAAAAGUAAGAGGUAGUUCUUACGAAGCAUGUUCUUGGAUAAGGCGAAGUGACCUUUGCCCAAGAUGCUUGACAGUCCUGAAUGACUGUCUCCUGUACAGGUAUUGUCAGGAUAUUGGGGUAUCGGGGUAUCGGAAUAUAUUAUGUAGAAUAGGAUGCAAAAAUGUCCCAUUUCAGC